AUGGCGUCCCGUUUGGCUAGAACCGCUGUCGGGGCCGCCCGCCUCCGACCUUCCAUCGCUCCGCGAUCCCUCCCGGCCCUCACCUCCCUGACGACCGUCCGCCCGGCGUCCAACGUCCCGACCGAGGAGCCCAAGGCCAAGGCCCAGUCCAUCAUCGAUGCCAUCCCCGGCAACUCGCUGAUCUCCAAGACCGCCAUCCUGUCCUCCGCCGCCGGACUGUCCGUCUACGCCCUCAGCAACGAGUACUAUGUCGUCAACGAGGAGACCGUCGUCGCCUUCUGCCUGCUGAGCGUCUGGGGCGCUCUCAUCAAGUACGGUGGCCCCAUGUACAAGGAGUGGGCCGAGGCACAGAACGAGAAGAUCAAGGGCAUCCUGAACGCCGCCCGCAAGGACCACACCCAGGCCGUCAAGAACCGCAUCGGCGACGUCCAGCAGAUGUCUGGUGUCAUCGACAUCACCAAGUCUCUGUUCGCUGUUUCCAAGGAAACCGCCAAGAUUGAGGCCGAGGCUUUCGAGCUUGAGCAGCAGACUGCUCUGGCCGCCGAGGCCAAGAACGUCCUGGACUCGUGGGUCCGCUACGAGAGCCAGGUCAAGCAGCGCCAGCAGCGCGAGCUGGCCGAGUCCGUCAUUGCCAAGGUCCAGAAGGAGCUCGAGAACCCCAAGGCUCUGCAGCAGAUCCUGCAGCAGGCCGUCGCCGAUGUUGAGAAGAUCGUCUCGUCCAAGGCCCAAUAG